AUGCAUGUCUCAGCGUAUACUCAAUUAUGUGCUUCAUAUAAAUUUUUUCUUAAUUGGUCAGUUACCGAGGUAAACUGUGAGAGAACUUUCAAGAAACUAAAACUUGUUAAAACCAGACUUAGGGCUAAUAUGACUCAAGAUAAUUUAGAAGAACUUUUAAUUAUGAGUAUUGAAAAACAAUUACUUGUUGAAAUUAAAAUUGAAAAUAUUAUUGAUUACCUAAAAGCUAGCUCAAAUGUAAUGUCAAAAAUGUUUUAA